AUGACUGAAGAGAACGCUCCUGUAAGAGUGUCACAGGCCAGGAAUCCCAAGGUAGCCUUGUCUUCCCAGAAGAGCCACCCCUGUGAGAGCUGUGGGCUCGUCUUGGGAAACAUUUUCCAUUUGACUGAGCUGCAGGGAACACAACAUGGACAGAUACUGUUGAGGUGCGGGGCAUGUGCAAAACAGUUUUACUUCAGUGUAAAAGUUCACCAACAGCAUGUGAGAGAGAAGACUUUCAAUACAGGUGUGAACAGGAUCUCACGUGCAAACGGCUACAAUUUCAAUGUGUCCCAGAAUCAUUUCACAUACGGGGAUGUUGGGCAGGGUGUCCUUACUGGGUCCGGACCUCUCCACCUAAAGGCUAUUAUGUCCAGGGACAGUCCAAAUGCUGUUUUGAAGUGUGAGAUGAUGUUUCAAAGGAGAAACAAUUAUUACACCAGAAAACAAUGUAAGGAAGACAUUAGUUGCAACCACAAUUUUCUUCCGGAAAAGGAUGUCCAUGCAGGAAGUCAGUGUUUUGUGAGCUCUGAUUGUGGAAAAUAUUUAACCAAAUUUUCUAGCUUUCAUGAUCAACAGCAAGGUCACACUGGAGAAAGCCCUUAUCAGUGGAAUGAAUAUGGGAAAGCUUUUAGCAGUAGCAAUAGCCUAGGUGAUCCUGAAGCUUUGCACACUGCAGAACGGCCUUAUGAGAGCAGUGAAUGUGGAAAAACUUUUACCUGUAGCAGUGCCCUCCAUUAUGAUCAGAGAGUUCACACAGUGGAAAGACCUUAUGAGUACAAUGAAUGUGGGAAAUCUUUUACCAGUAGCAGUAACCUUUAUUGUCACGAGAGAGGUCACACUGGAGAAAAGCCUUACAAAUGUAGAAAAUGUGGAAAAGCUUACAGCAGUAGCACUAAAGAUUCUUGUCAUCAGAGAGUGCACACUGGAGAAAGGCCUUAUCACUGCAGUGAAUGUGGAAAGUCUUUUAUCACUAGCACUGAACUUCAUUGUCACCUGAGAGUUCACACUGGAGAAAGGCCCAAUGAGUGCAGUGAAUGUGGAAUAUCUUUUACAACUAACUCUCACCUACAUAAUCAUCAGAGAGUUCAUACAGGAGAAAAGCCUUAUAAAUGCAGUGACUAUGGGAAAUCUUUUACAUUGGAGAAUGCCCUUCAUUGUCAUCAAAGAGUUCAUACAGGAGAAAAUUCGUAUAAAUGUAUUGAAUGUGGAAAGUCUUUUACAACUAGCCAUGGUCUUCAAUUUCAUCAGAGAAUUCACACAGGAGAAAAGCCUUAUAAAUGCAGUGAAUGUGGGAAAAGUUUUACCACUAGCAGUCACCUUCGUAGACAUCAGAGAAUUCACACAGGAGAAAAGCCUUAUAAAUGCAUUGAGUGUGAGAAAUCUUUUACGCGUAGCACUCAACUUCAUAGUCAUCGGAGAGUUCAUACAGGAGAAAAACCUUAUAAAUGCAGUCAAUGUGGGAAAUCUUUUAGAUGGAUCACUGGUCUCCAUUAUCAUCAGAUCGUUCACAUUGGAUCGUUCACAUUCUGAGUGCAAUUAAUGCGAGAUAUUUCUCAGGCAUAUUUCUAAAUUAGCUCUCCACGUAAGAGUCCAAAUGUGAGAAAUUUCUUAGAUGUGUAGGAAAUGAAGUUUCUUAGAUAGAACUUCACAAUAGUACAAGAAAAUUUGUGAAUCCUCAUUUUUCUGAAUCUCAUACAUGUACUUACCUAUAUUAUGUAAAGUUCCCAUAAGUGUUUUUGCUGUUGUGUGUGUUUGCUUAUGUUGGAACACUAUGUAGUUAUGUUGCACUUAGUAACAUACAGAGAUGUCCUGCCAGAUCGAGGUCACUGCAUAUUUUCGUUUCUGAAGGUAUUUCACCUGAACAACCUAUAAGGUAACUAGAGAUGGCAUCAAUCACCAUCCUCAUGUGCCCAGGGAAGCUACCUCUGUUGUCUAAUUUGUUGAAGAAAAUUUGGAAUACCUGAGUCCUCAGUUCUUACUUGUUUACCUGUCAUGAGUUACCACUAAGGAAUGAUUCCUGUUGGCCCCAGUAAACAUAAUGUUGUAGAGGGACUGCCAUUUUCAGGAACACACAUUCCCUAGAUGCCAGUGAAGAUGCCUUGAUUGAGUGUCUAAGCCUUCAACUGCCAGUCUCAGGUCUCAUUCUUUGCAAAAUAAUGAAGGCCUUUUCCUAACACUUGUUUAAUUUUGGUGUUCUAUUUACUGUGUGUGUUAGUUUAUAAGGAGAUCUGGGUACUCCAAGUUCAGUGAUGUGGAAAACUUUUAUGUGGUCUCCAACAUUUUUGUCGUUGAGGGAAGACUAUGGUGCAGAAAUAACCUCAGCAGUUUUUGCCAAAUUUACAUUGUUUUCCAUAAUUUUCCUAGGAAACACUGUGGACUCUAGUCCUCAUGUGAAGAUGGAUGAUUUGAGACACAGAGAUCAUUUGAAAGAGGGGGUAGCUGUGAGAACCUCAAGUAUGUCUGGGAGCGGUGUGAGUUUUUAUUUUUGUUUCCAGGGGAUGCUAAGACAUUUGAAGGGAACCUCCUGCCCAGGUCUUGCAGAGGGCCAUUUGCCCUAAUGCCUUCAAUUCCAUGGGUGAUGGUCACUGGUUGGAGGACCAUUGCAGUGAGGGGAACCCUUUCACUGCAGAAACACUGACCUAAUUGUUGUUUGACCAGAGUGCAGCCUAUUAGAUGGAAUUGUCUUCAUCUAAACCUGCACCCAGAAAUUUUUUUGAGGAAAAGACUACAGGAGCGGUGUGUACACAGAUCUCAGGGACUCCUGGCACGUUCAUAUUCUGUGCAGCAGUUAUUGUCAUUGAUUAUAAUCAAGAGGUUUGUGGAUUCUUGUAGCUUCUCAGAUGUUCCCAUCAGAGCCAUUGGUGCUCUGGCAGAAAAACUAAGAGGAAAAGAAAGGGUGUCUUUAGGCCGGAAAUGUGGCUUUUGUGACCCAAUAAGCAUUCCAGUGGGUUUGUGUGGAAGUUCUUCAUUGUUUGUUACAUUUCCUGUCACUGGUAUUAGACUUGCCCACAGGGCAUAAGUAUGUAAGUAUGUGAAUUGAAUAUAGAGUUGCCAACCUAUUCCAAAAUAGGUGAAAGUAUAUUUCUUUUAUCUUGAACCAUUCUUUUAACAGCUGUAAUGAGUAAAUUGCAUGUGUUAAGUGUAGUGUUUCAUAAAUCUUGACGUGUGCAUGAAACUGAAACCAUCAUUGCACUCAAUACUGAUCAUAUCUGUGACUGUGUAGUUGUUUCAUGACCUCGUUUAAUCUGUUUGCUGUUCUUAAUAAAGAACUUGGCUGUUUCUAAAUAUUUUUCAGAUUUAAUUAUUAUUUUAUAAAUUGUUGGAGAUUUUUAAAAGAUGUAUUUGUUACUCAUCUUUUUUUUUCGAUAGAUAAUCUUUUUGUUGUUGUUAAUCGUCAGUCGAGGAUAUUCUUUUGUUGAAUUUUUUGGAGAGUGGAAGAGAGAGGGAAAGACAGAGAAAUAUUGAUGUGAAGGAAACACAUCGAUUGGUUGCCUCCUGCAUCAGCUGUGACCAUGUCCUGGGGUGGGAAGGAGUCUUCAACCAAGAUACGUGCCUUUGACGGGAAUCGACCCCAGGAGCCUUUUGUCUGCAGGCCUAUCCUCUAACCAGAGCCAAACCGGCUAGGACUCUGGUGGAUAUUCAUAUCUUUGAAUAUAUCACCAUUAGUUGGUUCCAUGGUGUAAUGGUUAGCACUCUGGACUCU